AUGGACAAACUAAUCCCAUACAAAUUUCUUUCUCCGCCUUUCCACACAACACAUUACAGUACUCUAGUCCUGACAUUUGAUGUGUCUCAGUCUCUCCGUAUCGCUCCCUCGUCCGCCCUCCCCACGAGCACCACCAACACCAGCUCAUCCAAACUCUCCUCCUCCACCAACCCUCACAAGACCAAAGACCUCGACCGCGGUGCUCCCUCGGCGCCCGGUCUGCCCGACACACUCCGCUCGUCUCUUUCGCCCUCGACGUCGACGACGUCGUCCUCACACCCUCUCGAAUCGCGGCUGGCAAACUGGACCGCCACGCAAGAGUCGACGCGCAUGACUCUGCUGCGCAGAAACUUUGGCAUCGCCGAGCCACUACGACGGGGGAUGGAACUCAAGAUGGUUCGUGACGCCGACGCUUUCCGGCCCACGGUUCUCGGGGCGCCGAGCAGGUUGCACGAAGACGUUCUCACGGGCAAGGACGACCAGAUCAGCUGGGAGGACAUUUACAGCGGGCAAGACGGGAUGAAGCUCGGCCUGGACGCCAGUGGAGAUGGUUCGGCUGUCGGAUGGACCGAGGAAAUGGAGCGCAAGGUUGGGAUGUGGAAGUGGUAG